AACCGUAUCCACCCAUCACUUUUUUGGUCUUCCUCUUUCUCUUUUCUCUUCAACGUUCAUUUUCAUAACCACUUUUAAUAGGUACUUAUGUUUUCUCUCAUUUCAUCACAUGCCCAAACAAUCUCAGUCUAUUUUCUCUUAUUUUGUCCACUAUCGACGCUUCACCGAUAUUACCUCUCACAUAUUUGUUCCUUAUUCUAACUUUUUUGUAACUUCAUCCAUUACCACAAAAAACAAAUAGUACACCUACUCCUACAUUAAAAUAUUUUGCUACUCCAUACAUUCUCUUGACACUAGUAAUCGAGCCUUCAUACAUAUCCUUGAGACCUUUUUUCUCAUUAAUACCCACUUUAAAAUUUCUCUUAGCACUCUGUCAUACGCCUAUUCUAAAUCUAUAAACACCAUGCAUAGUUUUUUAUUUUUCCUAUGUGUUUGUAACUGAACCGUGGCGGUUGUAGUGGUGAUGGAACGUUAUCUGAUAACAGUGUUAGACUUUCAAUUUCCAAAUUAAAUCGUAGCUAAUAAACACGGAGAUUAAUCUGUGGUCUAGUUGUUCAAGUCUUGUUUUAUUGGAUUGUGGGCAUUAUUGCUUUAGUGAUUCGAUAAAUUAUAGAUAGUUACUUGCAUCAAACAGUUGUUCUAAAUUAUUGACGACACCAAUCCAAUGACGAGUGCUCAAUCCUGAUCCCCUAUGCUUCUUACUGCAGAACACGGACAGCUUUGAUCAAAACAUUUAUAACUCAUGGAAAAUACAGCAGGAACCAAUCAUUUGGUGGAACAUAGAAAACAAAAGAAGAAAAUUAUUUUUCAGAACGCCAAACCCAAUCAGGUAACUUCAAAAAUAGCCGAUAAUAACAGAAUUGAGCUAAAUAUGAUUAAAAACAAAUUAGAAAUUGAACCAUCUAAUGAAAAUAUAGUCAUUUCAAAAUCAAAAACUACACCUAUCUUGUGUAUUGAUACUACUCAAAAAUGUAAAUAUUCUAAAAGUUCAAAUUCUGUUCCAUCUAUGUACUUAGAAAAAAAUGAUCAAUCUAAAGUUAAUAAGCUUCCAUUUCAUAAUAUAAGUUCUGAUCAAAAUCUUAUCGAAAAUAAGAAAAAUCAUUGUGAAGAUAUUGUAGGCCAGGGAAAACUAAUUCAAUUUAAGUAUGAUGAAAAAAUAGAUUUGGUCAGUUGUCAUUUUUGUCAUUGUUUAUUUUCUCAUGAUAUUUCAAUAUUAACUAAACAUGCUUCUGAAUGCAAAAAAAAAAAUGAAGAAAAUAUGAAAUAUUUUUACAAAUUUAAAUGUUUGAUUUGUGACAAAUUAUUUAGAAAGUUAAAAGAUUGGAAGUCUCAUACGGUUAGUUAUUGUCAUAUGCAGAAAUGUAUGAUCAACAAUAAUUAUGUUUCAUAUGUUUGUCGUGGUUGUAAAUCUGUAUUUUUUGGAAACAAGGAAUGGAUUUUAAACCACUGCAAAAAUAUCCAUAAAGACUCAUCUAGAUUACCAUGCAUUUUUAAUUGCAUGAAAGACAUUUUUUAUGAUUUUAUAUUUGUUGAUCGUAAAAAUCUUAUAUCAUGGACAUUUUGUGCUCCCUGUAAAAAAUAUUCAUCUUCUACAAUUAAUUGUAAUCCACAAAACCACAUUCACAAAAAAACUAAACAUUUUAAGUGUGAUUCAUGUUCAAUAUAUUUUAUAUGUAGUCAAGAUAUAUAUAACUAUCAUUUGUUAUCAAGUGAACAUAUCAUGUUGGAUCGUUUAAGAGCUAAAUCCAAUGAAAAACUUGAAUCUAUAUGUAAUUUGAAACUGCCUCCAAUAAUUUUAAAUAGAUUUUCUAUUGAUAAUGAAAAAGCUACUUGUAAUGAUUGCAAGUUUCAAAUGUUUCCCAAUGAAAAAGCAAUAACUGUUCAUCUGGCUGAUGAAUGUAUUUAUAAAUCAAAUUUUGGCAGAAAAUAUUUAACAACAAUAAAAUUGUAUUUUUGUGCAGUUUGCGAUAUAACUGUAACAGAUUUUAAACAGUGGAAGGAACAUUUAAUUUUAUUUAGUCAUUUAAUAAAAUGUUAUGAUAAAAGUGAUCUAGUCUCGUAUACAUGUGAACUUUGUUCAUUACAUUGUUAUGGUAACUCACAUUAUGUAAGAGAACAUCAAGAUAUUCAUCCAAAUCAUUCUGAAAAUAAGCUCUCUAUGUUUAUGGCUUUUAACUUUCAACGUAUUAACAAAGAUGAGAAAAGCAAAGACUUUUACUAUUGUGAAGAUUGUGAAACAUAUGCUGAAGUGAAUUCUAAUUCAAAUCAUUGGAAUAAAAGUCACAAGACUAAAUUAAAGCGAAUAGUUUGUUAUCCUUGUAAAACUGAAUUUUUUUGUAUUGAAAAUGAUAAAUUAUUCAUCAAACAUGGAUUAUCAAGUGAACAUAUUAUUUUAAAAUAUGCUUCUGUCAAUAACCAACUUUUAGAACAAAAAACAUCACCAAUGUCUAAUUCUAAAAAAAUAGUUGCAUUACAAAAUGAAGAUCAAAAACCUUGUAUUUCUAAAAAUUCAUUGGAAAUAAUUGAAAAUCAAGCACAGAUUUAUUUCAAACCAUUUUUAAACUGGUUCACAUAUUUUGAAGAUGAAAUUAAAGUUGUUUGUAAAGAAUGUAAUGAUCCAGUUGACCUCACUGAGAUUGCUCUUCUUAAUCAUUUAUUGAUUUGUUACCAAGAUUCUAAUAAAAAUAUCUCAAAAAAAUGUAUAGAUAAUUUUGUAUGUUUAGAAUGCCAAUUUUACUCUAAUAACUAUGAUUUAUGGGAAAAACAUGCAAUUUCUCAUGUAAAAACAGAAAUGUAUUACUUACGCUCAUAUUUUUGUACAAGUUGUAAUACUUUACUAUAUGGAAAAAUUAAUGCUAUUGAAUUACAUUUAAAUAAUAAACAUAAGACAACCACUAUGAACAUGUCAUUAGAAACUUUGUUAAUAGAAAAACAAUUGUCAAGGGAAAAUAUUGCAUGUAAGGUUUAUGAUAUUUCAUGUUACUGUGAGCCAUGUAACAAAAUAUUUAAAGCAUCUGAUAAUUUUAAUCAUUUGAAUACAGAUAGUCAUGCAUCAGUUGCAUCAGAUCUUGUUGAAUUAUUUUAUUGCAAAUAUUGUGAAAUUGAAUUUUACUCUUCAAGCACUGUUUAUGAAAGACACAAAUGUACUCCUGAGCAUAUAAUGAUGAGUUUAGAAUACAGAAGAAAUGAAAUCAAAGAUGUUCCUAAACCUUAUAAACUUUAUGCUUAUUUAAUUAAAUUUGUUACAAAUGAAGAACUAUAUGAUGCAACACAAAACAUUGGUUUUUUUUGUUUCGUUUGUGAUUAUUUAUGUAUGGAUUUAUGUACAUGGAAAUUACACAUCAAUGAUAAAAAGCAUAUUAAUUCUUCCAAGAGUCUUUGCAUGGAUCAUUAUUGUAAAAUUUGCAAAACUUUAAUGUUUGGACAACGAAAACAUAUGUUUGAACAUUAUAGCAAUCGCUUUCAUUCAAUGCUAAGAGUAUUUAAAUCAUUAAAAUGUACCAAUGAUUUGAAAGUAAAUGAUUCUCUAUUGCAAAAAACUUCUGAAACAAAAUCUAUUUGUAACACAGAAACUACUUUUGGAGAUAUUCAAAAAAUAGGAAAUAAUAACUAUCAACUUGAAGAAUCUAAUAAUGAAAUUAAUUCAUUAUCUAUAAGGUUGAAUGAAUUAUCUUUAAAAAAACCUAAAGUUAACAUUGAUGAUAUAUAUCCAACAAUUAAAGCAAUAGAUGAAUAUUCUCAAGAAUCAAAUAUUCAAUAUGACACAAGUUUGAAGAUGGAUGAAUCAAAUAUUCAACAAGAUAGUAACACAUUUGGAGCAUCAAAUGAUCAUGUGAAUGAUGAAUCACAUGCAAUAGAUGCACUUCUUUUCAAAACUAACUCUAAACAAGAUAGUAAUACUCUUUUAAAAUCUAAUACUCAUAGUUAUUGUAAUUUUUUUGAUCAGAAAAUUAAAAUGUUAAAUGAUAUGCUUAAUCAAAACCAAGAAAUAACUCUACAGACUGUAAAUUAUUGUUUACCUUGUGAUCUUAUUACUUCAGUACAGACAAUUUGGGAUGAUCAUAUUUUAAAAUCCCAUUCAAAUAUUAUGGAUGGGAACAAAAGUGUGUUCUGUGAUAUUUGCAAUCUAAAUCAAAUUGGUCCAUCUGAUAAUUUAGAUGAACAUAAUAGAACAAUUGAACACAUAAAAAUGUCAGAUUUUAGAAAAUUAUGUUCUGCAAACAAUGUUAAAAAUGCUAUUGAAAUAAAAGAAAAUAAAGGUAAUACGGUUAUUAAUAAAUCAUCAAACGAUGCUAGACCUUUAACAACAGAUAAGCAAGUAAAAAUUAAUGGCAAACAUAUUGAAAAAGAAACAACUCAUCAAAAAAUAGUGUUUGAAAUUAAAGGAGCUAAAUCAAAAUAUAGGAGAAAUGGUUGGGUUGAACUAAAGAAAAUUUUUGCAGCUUACGGAUAUUUUGGUUUAUAUCCUAAACAGAACUCUGUUAUAAUCAUUUAUCGUAAAUUGUUUUCUGCUUAUGAAAUGAUAAAAGAUAAAGAAUUAUUAGAAGCGACGUAUGAAUUUACCAUUUCUGUUCAGAUUGAAGAGGAAAAAUUACCUGAAUUGAAUAGAAUAACAGAACAAGAGUUUGGAAAUAAAGAAAUACUCAUGAAAACUAUUAACAAACAACUUGAGGCAAUCAAUAAUGAAAUUUCCAAUCCUAAUAUGUUUCAAAGAUUAUUUAUGUUAAUAAAUGCAAUUCAUCGUUAUAGUGGUCAAUAUUUCUUAGGCAGUAAAACAUAUGCUUUCGGAUCGCGUAUGUCAGGUCUUGCUCUUAAAGAGAGUGAUGUGGAUUUGUAUUUUGAUAUUGCUAAUACUUUUCGUGGUCAGUUAAGUCAUGAUUUAAAUGCUCAAGAAGAUUUAGUACGCUAUUUUGGAAAAAUAUUUCGUUCUCAAAGUGAAUUUAAAAAUAUACAACUAAUAACUGCAGCUCGAGUGCCCAUUGUUAAAUUUCUGCAUACUCCAUCUGGUCUCCAUUGUGAUUUGUCUUUCAAAAGUGGUCUCAGUACACAUAACACUAAAUUAGUCAGGUUAUAUCUGACAUUGGAUAAACGAGUUCAUUGGAUUGUUUGUGCUGUUGUUAAACGUUGGGCAUUACAAAAUGAUUUAAAAAAUCAAAGUAUGUUUACUAGCUAUGCUUUAGUAUGGCUAGUUCUCUUUUACUUAAUGACUAUAGAUGUUGUGCCUCCUUUGAAAUUGCUUAGAAGUUACGCAAACUACUCAGAACAAUUAAGUGGAUCAGAUGUAAUGUUUAUAGAAGAUUGGGAUUGUACUUUUUGUACUCUUGAAAAAGCCAAACAAAUAUGGAUAGUACCUGAGAUUCCUUGUUGGGAUUUACUAUUUGGUUUCUUCAAAUUCUAUUCAGACUUCAAUAGACUUAAGCAAUUUGUUUUAUGUCCAGCUAUCGGUAAAGCUUUGCCUAAAGAAAUUUUUUACAAAGUCCCAGUUGAAAGUCCAGACCUAAUGGGAUUUAAUAAAAAAAGAAUUGGUAGACCUUAUAACUGGUCCAUGCGAUUAAAGGAAAAUUUUCACGGCGAAGGUCUUGCAGUACAAGAUCCUUUUGAUCUUUUUCAUAAUAUUACAAAAACCAUAGUACCUAAAAAGUUACAGGGAUUCUCUCAUUUGUGCACUAAAACUAUGGAAGUCAUGAAUAAUGGAAUUCAACCUUAUUAUGCAUAAGUAUUGAUAUAUUUUUCCUUUUUUAAGGUUGACACAUAUUUUAAAAUUAUUAGAUUUCGUUUUGUUAUAGUAAACAA